GUUUGCUGACCCCUACUUUAGAGAAUCAAUUAAACAUGUAUAUAUUUACAUAUCUUAUAUUUACAUAUCUAUGUCCCCUGCUAGGCUAUGUGUAAGCCCAUGUACAUUACCUUCUUGUAUCCCCAGUGUCUAGCUCAGAGUCCAGUGCAUAGUAGGCACUCAACACGCGUUAGUUGAGUGAACAGAUGAAUGAAUGUUUGAACAGUGGCCUGCGCCCCUGUGUGGAGUGAAGCCAGAAUCCUGGAUGCUUCUUUUCCCACCUUUCUUCAUCUGGCUCCUUUUAUCAGAUGUGUUAGGGUAUCACAUGCCCCCCAUCCCCGAUUUGAACCAUCUCUGAGUCCCAGAGAGAAAAAAGGCAGUGCUCCCUCCUAACAAACUCAAGGCUUCUAGGGUGUCCACAGCUGCUCCUGAAACUUGGUUUUCUCUUUGGCCCCUAGAGAAGUGGCCCAGAUAUUCUGAUGGUCUGUCUGUCUCCACGUCUGGAUAAUUCUUGGCAAUGAACUUAUAAGUGUCCUGCUUUGCAAAGAGGGGAAGGAAACAGAGGUUAGGUCUUUAGGAAGGAGUGAAACAGCCUUGGUGUUAGUACCAGUGGAUUUUCGACAGAGAGGCCCAGAUUGCACUAGCCAAAGCAAAGGGAGGUAAGGGAGGAAGUGGCCGAGGUUGGGUAACUAGGGGAUUUCUUAUUCAGUUUAGUAUAAGACCAUGUCUCGAAACCUGACAGUCCACCAGAAAGAAAAGACUGCUCUUCAAAUGAGUUGGACUUCUCUCCACUGGAGUGAGAAUUGAAGACUGGGAGACCCAGCCUCCAUCAUGCAGAACAACUCCGUCACCAACUUCUCCUGCUACCAUGAGUCUGUAUUGGGCUAUCGUUAUGUUGCAGUUAGCUGGGGGGUGGUGGUAGCUGUGACAGGCACCGUGGGCAACGGGCUCACCCUGCUGGCCUUGGCCAUCCUGCCCAAGCUCCGUACCCGCUUCAACCUGCUCAUCGCCAACCUCACAGUGGCUGAUCUGUUGUACUGCACCCUUCUCCAGCCCUUCUCUGUGGACACCUACCUCCACCUGCAGUGGCGCACUGGUGCCACCUUCUGCAGAAUCUUUGGGUUCCUCCUCUUUGCAUCCAAUGCUGUCUCCAUCCUCACCCUCUGCCUUAUUGCCCUGGCACGUUACCUCCUUAUUGCCCACCCUAUGCUCUUUCCCCAAGUUUUCAGUGCCAAGGGGAUGCUGCUGGCAUUGGUGAGCACCUGGGUGGUGGGCAUGGCCAGCUUUGCCCCUCUCUGGCCUAUCUAUACGUUGGUGCCUGUAGUCUGCACCUGCAGUUUUGACCGCAGCCGAGGCCGGCCCUACACCACCAUCCUCAUGGGCAUCUACUUUGUGCUGGGGCUCAGCAGUGUUGGCAUCUUCUAUUGCCUCAUCCAUCGCCAGGUGCAGCGAGCAGCACAGGCGCUGGAUCGGUACAAGCAGUCCAGUGUCCAGUCCAACCACGUGGCUGAGACAGAGGCUAUACCCAGUCAUUUCCAGGAGCUGGACAACAAGCUGGCCUCAGAAAGGCCCAGUGAGGGGAUUUCGUCAGAGCCAGUCAGUUCUGCCACCACCCAGACCAUGGAAUGGGACUCAUCAGAAGUGGGGAACCAGCACAGCAGGGAGGUAGCUAAGCACAUGGCAGAGAAAAGCCAUCCAGAAGGACCAGCCGAGACCAGGCCAACUAAAAGAGCCCAGAGAACUCAGGAACCCCCAUCAGAGUUUGGGAAGGUGACUCGGAUGUGUUUUGCUGUGUUCCUCUGUUUUGCCCUGAGCUACAUCCCCUUCUUGCUGCUCAACAUCCUGGACGCCAACACCGCCGCUCCUCGUGUUGUCCACAUGCUCGCUGCCAAUCUCACCUGGCUCAAUGGUUGCAUCAACCCCGUGCUCUAUGCAGCCAUGAACCGUCAGUUCCGCCAAGCCUAUGGCUCCCUCCUAAAACGAAGGCCCCAGAGUUUCCGUAGGCUCCAUUAGAACUGUGUCCCCAGUCACCAGAAUCCAAGAAUGACGCCUCCAGAACUAAAGUGGCCAGCUGGUAGGGAGUAGGUGAAAGUAAGACCUGUGGGCAUUUUCACAGACAACUUUCCCCCCACUCUCAAACCAGGCUUCUCCAUCCCUUGAUCAAUGCUUCAGCUCUAGAUUGCCCAAGGUGCAUUAUUAUUAAUAAAUGA